AAAAAAUCUUUAAUCCGUAUAAAACCUUGCAAACUUGCAGAGAUUAGCUUCAAUUGCACAGCAACAAAUUACAUAACGACGGUACUAAUAACAGAACGAAAACAAAUUUUAGGUUUCAAGCGGGCAUUCCGACAUUCGAACGCAUUUACAUAUUUGGAUUCUGCUUGUAAAACGACCCCGCGUUGUUGACUCUUCGUCAUAGAGAUACUAAAGGUAAGACCAACGCCUAGAAUUUAGGAGUGAUGGAACAUAAUACGCAAGGGCACAUUCAGGAAUCGGAGGAGGAAGAAUAUGUACUGAUGGAUCUGGAUGGUGUCUCAGACCAAAUUUCAAUUCCCAAAAACGCCCCCUUUGUCCUUUCAGGCCUCGAUACUGUGAAUCCUAUUUUGAUCAUUGAUGGAAAAAUCAAGCUGGUUGGAGAAUAUGUGGAGACUAUUGGGACAUGUCUUGUUUUUAGUGAAAGUGAUACCUGUCCAGUGGUUCAUGAAGAGACGGGUCCAUCUGAAACUAACCUUAUUUCAGGGAAAUGCAUAGCAAAUCCCAAGCAAACAUCAAGCAAGCAAAUAAAGCCAAUUACCCAGCUUCAUAAGAUUCUCAAGUUCAAAUUAUUAUGGGAAGGUGAAGAUGAAGAACAAGAAAGGGUUAAAGCAUCAAACACAGAGUUGUAAAACCUAUCUGUUUGAUGCUUUCCCAUCUGUAGUUGGUGUUUAUUAAAGAGCUCUAUUCAGCUAGUAUAAGGCAAUUAACAAUUGUUCAUUUAGGUAUGGACAUUCUAUCUUCAUAGUUCGAUCCACAAAAUUGUACUUUUAAAUCCUCAAAACAAAACUUGGUUCUAGAUAUCUUUGCUCAGUUCUAGGGGUGUUCACUGGUUGGCUGAUGAGAAAUGCCAAACUGUGAACCGAACCGAAUAACAUAAGUCAGUUCCAGUAUGUUUAUAUUCAAUCAGUUCUUGUUGGCUAUGACAUGCUUAGACUGGUUUAAGUCUGUUCAAUCAGU